AUGUCUGAGAAAGACAGCGGUGAAAAUCUGAAGGAAGAAACCUCUGACGAAAAUGAGCAGAAAGCAGAGGAACUUGGCUGCACUGAGAGCAAUGAAGAGAGAAAGCAAGAGCUCGAGCCUGUGCCUAUGACUCGGAAAAGACCUGAACCCAAACCCCCAAGCCAGCCUGCUGCCACAGAAAAGCCUGCAGCUGAAACCCUCAAGGUUUCAGAUUCUCCUGCUGCAGUUCAGACAGGAUGGGGGUACUGGGGAAGCUGGGGGAAAUCUCUUCUGUCAACUGCGUCUGCUACUGUAGCUACUGUAGGUCAAGGUAUUUCAAAUGUCAUAGAAAAAGCAGAAACAACCCUUGGGAUCCCCAGUCCUAGUGAAAUCUCUUCAGAGAGUAGAGAUGCUACAAGAGGAAGCGAGAAUCCUGAUGCUAGCAGCACAGAUGCAGUUGAUGAUGGCAGUUCCUUUCCUAUUGCUGGGGCUCUUGGAGUUUUAUCAACCAUCUCUACUGCUGUCCAAAGCACAGGAAAAAGCGUUAUUAGUGGAGGUCUGGAUGCCUUGGAAUUCAUCGGGAAAAAGACAAUGGAUGUAAUAGCUGAGGGAGACCCUGGAUUCAGAAAAACAAAGGGCCUAAUGAGCAGAAACUCUACGUUAUCUCAGGUCUUACGAGAGGCAAAGGAAAAAGAAGAGCAGCAGACAGCUACUGAGGUUACCAUGGCUACGGAGAAGAAAGCGCAUUAUGGGUUACUGUUUGAUGAGUUUCAGGGUCUUUCGCAUCUGGAAGCCUUAGAGAUGCUUUCCAGAGAGAGUGAAUCAAAGGUGAAAUCGGUUCUAAAUGCCCUCUCUGGGGAAGAGUUGGACACACUGAAGGAAGAAAUGGAACAACUCAGAGAAGCAUUUUCUCUACCUGAAUUCUUUGAAGAAGAAGAGGAAGAAAAGAAGGGAGAUGAGGAGUUCACAAAAGAAGUAACAGAGUUGUUUUCAGAAUUGCGUAUCUCCUCAAAGCCGGACAAACUGAUCAUGGUGAGGACAUCUGCUCGUGAAUGGAUAGCACAAUUCAACAGUCAUCUUCCUAAAGAAGAAAAAGAGAGUGAAGAAAAUCAAGAAGUAGAAUCCAGAGAUGGUGACCAUUAUGCUGAAAAAUCAGUAGAGGAUAUUCAUGCGUUUGCCAUAAGAAGUCUGGCUGAAUUGACAGCAUGCUCCAUUGAAAUGUUUCACAAAACUGCAGCUUUGUUUCUACAUGGUCAGAAACAAGAGGUGACAGCCACAGACAGAGCCAAGUCCCUUUCACAAAUGACGAUUGUGCUGUGUAAAGAACUGUCAGCUUUCUCUAAAGAGUUUACUACGUGCUUAACGACUGCAGGGGUCAAAGAGAAAGCAGAUGUGCUUAAUCCCCUAAUCACUGGAGUGUUUUUGGAGGCUUCAAACAGUGCUUCAUAUAUCCAAGAUGCCUUCCAACUCUUGCUGCCUGUACUGCAGAUCUCUUUUAUUGAGGCUAGAACGGAACUAUCACAGCAAUAAAAAUCCUUCUAAUUAAGAACUUUUUGACCUUCCCCGUAGUUUCCAUGCUGGAGAAUGAUGUAACAGGUGUUAUUAAAAGGAAAAAGAUUAACUCUGAUCGCUGCUGCUGCAAGAACGGUGAUUAAAGACAGUCUGGCAAUGAAAGCUCUUACAGCACAUUGUGAGAUGUGAUUAGCAUAGUCCAGGCUGGUGGACAGCGUGACAGACUUAAAGUGCAGGUUGCUUCUCUGUUUUCAUGGACUGUCUAUGUCUUUUCACUGAAAUCCCUGUGCUGUAUGUGUUAACAAGCUCUUUGGAGAAGCUCUCUGGACUGUGAAGACAAUGCUGGAGAAAAGAGUAGCAGCUGGCUAGUUAAGAGUUAGCUAAAAUCAUGGUGUGAUUUUUAAGUCAGAGAGACAUAAUUAGGUUCCUGGUUGGUUUUGAAGUGAAUAUUGGAUAGGAGGUGCAAGAAAAGGCAAAUAUUUAUGAUUAUGAACCUUGCAGUUCCUAAGCUGGAAAGAAUAGAGCAGAGAGGAUUCCGUAUCAAGCCGUUGUUGCUGAAGAGAAGCCCUGGCUUCCUGAAGAUGUCUGUUAAUGACUCAGGGAUGUGGGAUGGGGACUCUCACUAGGGUGCUGUUUCUCAUUCUCUUGCAGAGUGCUUGCUUCAGCACGAGCUGGGAAAAUGCUGAUCUCGCCCUAAGAAUGUGGGUACUUUUCUUUAUAGCAAUAAAUGAGAACUGGC